AUGCUGCUGGAACCCGGUAGUGGUGUGAUGGUGCAACAGCCGGGUGACGUCGUUGUCCUUAACAACCUCGUCUAUCACUCGGUCUUCCGGGUCUACGAAAAAGGCACCGCGGAAGCUGACAAGUGGGAUGGGAUCUUCGGCGACGUCAUCGUCUGCAAGCAAGAUCGAGUUACUUCAUUUCACUACGCGACGAAGGUGGCAUGCGGCGCUCAAAAAGGGUCACGAGACUCGUGGGAAUCGCUCCUAUCUGCGUACAGUGUGAUGGAGGACGGCGACUACAACCCGGAGGAUUUCGAGGAAGCGAAGAAGUCGGAGAAGGCACGCGUUGGGGCAGCGGCAACGAAGGACAUAAAGCGUGAGAUGCAAGAGAGGGUGGAGAAGGUGCGCGCCAGAAAGAGGAAACCUAGUUGGCUAAGAGGAUUAAUUUGGGAAUAUAUUGAUCCAUUUUGCGCGUAA